AUGGUAGUCAAGUGGGCCAAUGAUGUGAUAGACCUGAGCUCGGACAAGGACGAGAACACCGUCCGCAUCAGUGGCGAGCCCACCAACGAAGAAGAAGAGGGCGAGCCCAGUGGCGCACAUGUCAACGACACUCUGAACCAACCGGACGCCCAGGGCAGAGUCCUCAUCAACGUCAAUCACCCGGCCGUGGAGAAGGACAUUUUCCUCUCUCCUCAGCUGGCCAGAGCAGUAAAACCUCACCAGAUUGGCGGUAUCCGUUUCCUGUAUGAUAAUCUGGUGGAGUCUGAAGAGCGUUUUGGCAGCAGCAGCGGGUUCGGCUGUAUCCUGGCCCAUAGCAUGGGCCUGGGCAAAACGCUGCAAGUCAUCACCUUCAUCGAUGUCCUGUUCCGACACACGCAGGCGCACACUGUGCUCGCCAUCGUACCCGUGAACACGUUACAGAACUGGCUGUCUGAGUUCAACAUGUGGAUCCCUCCCCCUGAGACGUUGCCCCCGGAUACGAACCCCAUCCUAGUGACGCCUCGCAGCUUCAAGGUUCACAUCCUCAAUGAUGAGCACAAGACCACAGCGACACGGGCAAAGGUGGUGGAGGACUGGGCACAGGACGGAGGCGUACUGCUGAUGGGGUAUGAGAUGUACCGGCUGCUGUCCCUGAAGAAGAGCUUUGUCGCAGGGAGGAAGAAGAAGAGCAAGAAAACAGCAGGACCCAUCGUCAUCGACCUGGACGAAGAGGACAGGCACCAAGAGCUGCUCAAAGGCAUCGAGAGAGCCUUGUCCCGACCUGGCCCAGAUGUGGUGAUCUGCGACGAGGGUCAUCGGAUCAAGAACUGCCACGCCAGCACCUCCCAGGCUCUGAAGAACAUUCGGACCAGACGCCGCGUGGUUCUGACCGGCUACCCACUCCAGAACAACCUCAUUGAGUACUGGUGCAUGGUGGACUUUGUUAGACCUGACUUCCUGGGCACACGUCAGGAGUUCAGCAACAUGUUUGAACGUCCUAUUCUGAAUGGGCAGUGUGUGGACAGCACCCCUCAGGACGUCCAGCUGAUGAGGUACAGGAGCCACGUUCUCCACAGCCUGCUGGAAGGAUUUGUACAGAGACGCGGCCACGACGUGCUCAGAGACCAGUUGCCAUCCAAAGAGGAGCAUGUGAUCCUGGUGCGCCUUUCUCCCCUCCAGAGGGCGCUCUACACUGAGUUCAUGAACCGCUUCAGGGAGGCAGGAAACACAGGCUGGCUCAGCCUCAACCCACUGAAGGCCUUCUGUGUCUGCUGCAAGAUUUGGAACCAUCCAGAUGUGCUGUAUGAGGCCUUACAGAAGGAGAACCUGGCCAAUGAGCAGGACCUGGACCUCGAUGACAUCACCUCAACAGGUCCCACCCGCUGCCCGACGGGAAGCAAUCAAAAGGUCAAACCGCUGGAGAACCCCAACCCCAUUGGUGGACUGAGUCUCAACCAGCUGCAAGAGAAGGCCAAUCAGGUCAUCACUUAUGAAUGGGCAAAAGAUAUCAUGUAUAACUACAAUGCCGGCAUUCUGGAGAACUCGGCAAAGAUGGUGCUCCUGUUUCACCUGAUCGAGGAGAGCGUGCAGAAGGGAGACAAAAUCCUUGUCUUCAGUCAGAGUUUGUCCACACUGACGGUGAUUGAGGAGUUCCUGGCCAAAAGACCCGUACCCUCCUCAGGCAACGACCGGCCCAACCACAACUGGGUCCGCAACCUCAACUACUACAGACUGGACGGGAGUACGACCGCGUCAGAGAGAGAGAGACUGAUCAACCAGUUCAACGACCCCUCCAACACAUCCGCCUGGGUCUUCCUUCUGUCUACCAGGGCUGGUUGUCUGGGAGUGAACCUUAUCGGGGCGAACCGUGUGGUGGUGUUCGACGCCUCCUGGAACCCCUGCCACGAUGCCCAGGCGGUUUGCCGUGUGUACCGCUACGGCCAGAGGAAACCCUGCCACAUCUACCGGCUGGUGUGUGACUUCACCCUUGAGAAGAAGAUCUACGACCGCCAGAUCUCCAAACAGGGCAUGUCUGACCGUGUGGUGGAUGACCUGAACCCUGUGCUAACCUUCACCCGACGGGAGGUGGAGUCUCUGCUCCACUUUGUGGAGGAGGAGCCAGACCCCUCCCACGUCUGUCUGCGUUCUCAAGAUAACAUGGAGGUGGUGCUCAGGAAGGCCCUGAUCCUUUACCCUCACCUGAUUACUAAGCAGCCGUUCCCCCAUGAGUCCUUGCUGAUGGACCGCAGGGAGCUGAAGCUCAGCAGUGAGGAGAAGAAAGCCGCCAAGAAGGGCUACGAGGAGGAGAAGAGGGCAUCGGUCCCAUACACCCGCCCAUCCUAUGCCCACUAUUACCCUGCCAGUGACCAGAGUCUCACCAACAUACCUGCCUUCAGCCAGAGAAACUGGCGCCCCCCUCCCCGCGUGGAGGAGAAGCCGGUGGCUGGUGUCCGGCCGGUCCAGUCAACUUCAGUUCCCACGGUGCCAAGCCAGGUAUCUGCAAGCUCCACCCCUAGCAACGCAUCGUCGGAGUGUAGCCUCGGAGGCUUUCCCGUCAACUACCUGCAGAAGGCCGGCGUGUUUGUUCAGAAGAUAGUCACGACUACUGACAUAGUGAUCCCAGGAACCAACAGCUCCACAGACGUCCAGGCCAGGAUCAGUGCUGGGGAGAGCAUCCAUGUCAUCAGAGGAACCAAAGGGACCUACAUCAGGACAUCUGAUGGCCGCAUCUUCGCCAUCAGAGCUGCCAACAAAGCCAAGAUGGGGGAAGAGAACACCACAGUGCCACCAAAAGAGUCCCAGGGUCCGCCAGAGGAGGUGUCAAAAAAUGGCAGCAACGGUUGUGUGUCAUCUGACAGGCAGCAGCAGAUACCCUCCGAAAACAAGACUCGCUCCCUUUCUCCUGACAGCCCAGAGAUCAUUAGUGAGUUACAGCGUUACACAGUUGGCACGGGAUCCAGUUUUCAGAAGCCAGCUGGAGAUAAACCAGGGUCUGAGGAGAGGGCAACAGAGAGCCUCACAAAUGCUGGAAACAACACUAACAACCUGGCAAGCAGCAAGCUAGCUAACAUCAAUGACCGCGGUAGUUUGACCAGUGAAAAUGCUCACAUGGCAAAAAGCCACCAUGGUGCCUUGUUGGCUAACAAGGCCCAACACAGCAUGGAAUCCAAUGCUCCCCAAGACCUACGAAUGGGCACCAAACGCAAAGUCUCCAGCCCAUCCAUGGAUGAGCGAGCCAGCAAGAGGCCAGCACCUGGCAAACACUCCUCACCUCCCCAUGUGCAAGGCUUACCCUUCACAGGGGGCUACAGCCUCCCUCCACUGGGCCUCAACCCAGCCAUGUUAGGUUCUCUGGGUGGGUCACUGGGGCACCCCCUCUUCAUGGGGGCAGGCUCAGCCUACUUCCAGCAACCCCAUGGCCAAUUGGAAGACACCUGCUUGAUGUACCCUGGCCCGUACGCCUUAGGUGGGCCUGGCAAAAUCCCAGCUUCCUCUUCCUCCACAAUAACCACUCUUGCUACUGCCAUCUCAUCUUUAUCCACACCUUCAGCAUCAGUGAAAGCUACCAGCUCAGUUUCUGGUGCCCUGCCUCCAUUCAUGCUGAGUCCCAGCAUGGCAGGGAUGGCUGGGAUGCUGCCUCCAGGAUUCCCCCUGCCCUACACCCAAUCCUUGGCCGGCUUCUACCCAGGGUCAAUGCUCCCCGGUGGGCUUCCAGGCCCAGCUGCCACCCCUGGCCCAGCUGGAUCCAGCUUCCUCUCCCAGCAUCCUCCCUCCACUGCCUCCACCUCUUCCUCAUCUUGCUCCUCCUCCCCCUCUGCCCGGUCGGAGAGCUUCUGCGGCCCUGUGCUAGUCGGAAGUGGUGGAAAUGUUGGCAGCAGUGGCAGCUCUGAGGAUGAUGAAGAUGAUGAUGAUGAUGUAAUUGAGGUGAUAGGACAGUGAUGGGUGAAAGGUGUGGCUCGUAUAAAUUGAGUUUGGUUUGACCUAAGCAGCAUCAGAAUAGGAUGAUUUCCUAUUUGGCGAGGUCCAGACCUUGUAAGGUCCAUCGCUGCCACCGCUGACAGAAAAAUCUGUGGGGAUGGAAGAAGAGAAAAAGAGACAAUGGAGACCCUCCUACACUUGGCGUGUUUCCUCUCUUCAGCAUGUCUGCCUUGAAGAAAGAGUGAUUCUUUAUGGGGAUUGACUGGACAUAGAACGACAAAUCCUUAUGCUGAAUAUCUUACUAUAAAGAAAAGAAACUUGCAGAAACUUUUGAGCACCAGAAGAAAAAGGACAUGGAAAACAAAAGGACAUUGGGCUUCCAAAAUUGUGUCUGUUUCUGGCAUUUAAAUACAAAUCACUGGACUGAGUACUGCUGAGUAUGAACCUGCAGUGACCAUAAAUGGCCACUGUUGUACGUUUCAGAAGAUUUUAGUUUCGCAGCUCUGCUCAAAGUCAAGAACCUUUUGCUUUUUUUUAAAGCUAAAUAAAAAAAAGACUGACGGAAGGUAGUUGAUUCAUACAUUUUUUUAUAAAGUUAGCCAGUAGUUACACUUGUUUAGUGGGAAAUUUCAGUAACAUACAUGGAAUUGUUUUUUCGACUGUCAAAAAUGGCUACUGAGUAUUACAUGGCAGGCAGACAGGCUUAAAGAAGUCAUAAGGAGGUUCUGAACGCCUUUUGAUUGACAUUUUCAACUCACUGCCAGGACAGUAGUAUUGCGUGUUUUUGUUCUUUGUGGGGGGGGGGGGGAUCAUCGUGAAAUACUCAAGACUAUUCACAGUAAAAGAAGUGUCUGAGGUUUGAGAAUGAGGUUCAAGAAGAAAAUGAUUGAAACCUUUCAACUCUAAUAAAGAAUGUAUGCUUAUUUAAAUGCCUUCAACCCGGGCCUUUUCGAAAAGACAGCUUCAAUCUAGGCAUCAACCUUGGGAAGAUCUUUUUGCAUAUUUUAUAUUUAAUGUAAUCUCUUUUACACUUUUUUUUCCCAAAAAUGUCAUUGCCUAAUUAUUACAACCAGGUUACAAUGAGGGAAAAACUGUUCUCGUGAGGUGUCCUCUUUGUAGCGAUGAAACAACUAACAGAAAUGCCUUUUUUUUGCCUCCAUUUUUCUGAAUGUUAACUGUGAUAGAGGAUGGCUCAGGAGAGCCAGUCGGUCACUGAGGCUCUCUAAAUCUAACCCACAGUCUUAUUGUAGCCCAGCAAAAAUGGUGCAAAACCCACGCAAGCCUACAUUCGCAUAUAUACAACCCCCAGAGGAAGCAAACUUGCAAUGCCUGAAGUUUCAUUUUUGGUUCCCUCGCUGUCCGAAUCUGUAUGAUAUGUUCUCAAGACUUGUAAGAGGAACCAGUUAUAAGUUGUAACUCCAGGUCUUGUGAUGUAGUAAUACGACUCGCUUCGACUACAGCGCAGAUGCUGACCCUGGUCAUCCGACAUUCAUCACCAUUUUUUUCCUCCCUGUUUUUGUCCUGCUCAUCGCAUCGUUUCAGGAGAAGUCAUUUCUGUAAAACCAAUGGGUUUGGAGAGAAGCUGUAACUUUGCCAAAAAAAAAAAAAAAAGCACAAGUACAAAAAGCUCCAUCAAAGAGAAUUGUGUCUUAAGUGACCAAAUUACCUUAACUCAUCAACAGUUCAUAGUGGUGCAAUCUCCGGUCUCUACAGCAUCCAAACAACUGUAUUUGAUGAAUAUUUAUCCAUUUUGUCCUUAUAUAACCUCACAGGUCAGACUGUACCUGGCAUCAUUGUCAGUAAAAUUCACUGUUUAAAAGCGAGAUGGUAUAUUCCAAACUUUUUUUUUUUGUAUUUUGUUUCUUAGAUUGGUUGAGCCAGGGUGGUAAGAGACACUAUACAAACUUCCAUUCAAUAUAAACUAUAAAAUAUGUCUGCUGUUGCCCCCCCCCCCCAUUCUGAUACUCUGCCUCAUCUGCCUCCAGGGGGAAAUGAACAUUAGUGUUUAUACUUGGAAAACGUCCCCCUUUAAGACCAUUAACCCCAGAGCUUUAAAGCACUCAUGGCUCUUUUUGUACCUUGUCAACAUUUACCAUCUCUGAGCAAAGAUGAAGCAUUUCUUCUUCCUAUCUUCCAUGUUUAUAUGUUGGUUCACAUCAUACUUUCAUACUGAGACUGCUAGUUUACCUGUGUUGGGGUUUUAUUGUUGUUGUUGUUGUUGUUUUCUCUCUUUUUACAAUGUUUGAAUUUACCAAAUUUAUUUAUUUAUGACAGUGUGUAUUUAUUCAUUUGUAUUUUUAUUUUUGUACUUUAUUUUUUUGGUUUCUUUUUUGUUUGCUAUUCUUUCUCUUGUUAGUGAGUUUGUUUUUUGUUUUGUUUUGUUUUUUUACUCUCGUGACAGUUGCUGUUAUUAUGAUCUUAAACGCUUUGGUUUCCUUCGUCCAUUUGAUUGUGAUAAAACCCGCCAAUUUGACGCCGGUCUGGCCCAAGACAUGUGAAACUUGUGUGGCGCUUGCAUGUGGACCAAACGAAUCAGUUUUGUUUUUGUGUGCAUCCAAUAUCCAGUUAAUAUCCAGGAUGCUCGAGCACUUUUUUUAAUUUAAUCGUGUGAAUAUCAUAUCUCAAAUCACCCGGCAUUCAGGAACAGUGAAAUAAUCAUAUGACUUGGGUUACAUGGAUGUUAAUGGUGGGUCUAAGACAUGAAUACACCCCAUCCUGCUUAUUGACGUGUCUUACCGUCUAUAUAGGCAAGUCUCCAAGGUGAUAUCAACAAAUUCCUCUUUUUCUAAGGUUAUUUGUAAUCGGGCGAUGCAUAGAAACUGCUUUUCUCAGAAAAAAAAGAUUCUAGCCGUCGUCCAGAUUACCACGUGCGUGUAAACAUGCUCAGUCACAAACGAUGGCUUGGUUACCAUGGCGAUCGAACCGCUCAUCCGCAGGAAACAAAGCGAGUCUCAUCCAUUGUUCUUCUUUUCUUCCAUGGUUUCUGUAUCAUCCAGAAAUGUCUGACUUUUUCCACCCUAAUGACAGCAAAAAUGAAACGACAACGCAGCAAGUUUCCUUACGUUGAACUGUUUGGUUCCCAGCUUGACAGAGCGCUCUUUUUCUUCUCGCAGCUUUCUACUUGAAUUUACAUAUUUAUUUAUAUGAAUCGAUUCAGCCGAGCGAACCGGCUGUCUUAAUUCCCUUCUAGCUGAGGAGAAGACUCAAGCUGCUGUCUUUGGGAGGUUGGCUGAACUGAAAGCCUGUUGUGUAGUUUAUCAAUGAAUAAUGUGUAUGACGUUGGAUGACUUUUCGACUUUUUCUCCUUUCUGGAAGUUUGUAAAUAAAAAGAAAUGUGUGAAGAAUGGUA